AUGCGAUUUCCCUCAUACUCCUCCAUCAAGUCCCUUCCCACCGAUGCGGACUCCGAUGCCCUCUUGAAGAACGUUUUCCAUGGCUCGUCCAGCAUGUCUGAUCGCGCCACUGCUGUCACUUUGGCACUUGGUCUUAUGUUCUUUGACCCUCAAGGAAAGCUCACGGUCGUUACCAUCCCAAAAAAGGUUAUCCUUGACAAUGGCAUGUCGGCUGGCAUCUUCGCUUCCCUUCGAGACGGCCUUGCCCAAGCGAUCCCCAUGACCAUUGACCCCGACGAACUCUCCAAACAGGUGAUUGGGGUGGGUAACAAUGGCCGCGCCGUCUUGUGCUGCGUCCCUCUACUAAAGGACACCCAGUACCACCCGAGCAACGCCAAGAACGCCAACGACGCAGACUUACCUGAAGACAUCGACUUCACAGUCAAAUCACCAACUUUCUGUGCUGUUUCGGUUUUCUGCCCUCUUGUCCCAGGUAGCAAGAUGCCACCGGCUCUGGACCUUACCCAAGACGUCCCUGAAGAAGUUCUUUUAGCCCUUUCGCCCCACGAACGUCUAUGGGUCGAAGUUCAUUCCUUUCUCUUCAAGAAUACGAUGGGAAGAAGCCUUUUUGUUGACAAGACCCUUGUUGGCAAGACUUCUAUCCCACUGGACCAGUUUAUUGUCAACUAG